AUGGUUCGCACUGCAACAAACAAGUAUCUUUUAUAUCAAGAUGAGAAAUUUGUUCAGAUGAUCAAAGCCUAUCUGAAUAAUAUAUAUGAAAAAGAAUUAGUUCAAAAUCAACAAACAAAUAAUUCUGAAGCUGGUGGUUCUGAAAAUGGGAAUUCUGAAGAUAGAAAUUCUGAAGAUGGGAUUCUAAAGACA